AAAUAUAAACACGACCGUAGGUCUGCAACCACAAUGGCAAUGCGUUGGCCGUUUUUGUUUGGUGUAUCACGAAUAUUAAUUCGUCAGAAAAAUCAUACGUGUGUGCGAUAUUUUGCUGCGAAUGCCACCUCACAUAUCUCCUCGAACAAAAUAGAAUUUGAUAGAAAAUUGUCGUUCAGACAAAAUGAUCCUGAUGUCUUUGGAACCCUUACUUUGCAUGGGAGUCGCGGAUCGCAGUCAUUAGAUUCAAUAAAUAAUCAAGAGUUGCAAGUGGAUGAAGGAGAUGUUAAAGAAGAGAAACAUCUAAGUUUUCAACCUGCAGACAGAAAGAGUGUUGAAGAUUUUGAAAAGGAGAUUAGCCAACUAAUUGAAAACCGAAAGUUAAAGGAUGCAUUGUUUUGUUUGGAAGUAACCAUGAAGGAAGAUAGAAUCCAGCCAUCAAUAGGAAUCUUUUCUUUGUUAAUUGGAGCAUGUGGUAGAGCAGGAUACAGCAAAAAAGCCUUUAGUCUUUUCAACCAGAUGAAGAAGAAGGGAUUGGACCCUAAAGAUUGCCAUUAUACUGCUCUUUUUAAUUCAUGUGCAAACUCACCAUGGAAGGUUGAUGGUUUACAAAGGGCAAAAGUAUUGAGGCAACAGUUGAACGAUAGAAAUGUUCUUCUGAAUAGAGCCCAGUACCAUGCAAUGAUGAAAGCGUUUGGUCACUGUGGAGAAAUAAACUCAGCUUUGCAAAUUGUGGAUGAAAUGGUCUCCAAUAACCUUGUUGUCACGACAGAGAGCUUUAAUUUCUUGCUUCAAGCAUGUAUCUCAUUGCCUGAAGAAGGAUUCACCCGGGCUGUUCUGGUCUGGAGGAAGUUAAGAAACAUGAGAGUUACUCCGUCAAUUUUUUCUUACAAUCUAAUGCUUCGUACCGUCCGCGAUUGUGAUGCUAAGGAAGUGAAUGGCCAACAAAAUCUGAUUGAGUCCGUUUUGCGUUUAGAAGAGAAAUCAGACUUGCAAGCCAGUAGUAUGCUGAACCAGUCAAUACUUACAACGUCGGAGUUAACAUUAGUUACAGAUCAACUGACGGUACGUCCGAACUUGCUUGCUGAAAAAAUCAAGUCUAGCAAUAUCAUGGCUUUGAUUGGCCUAGAAAAAACGGAGAACCGGUUAGCCCUUUUGGGUGGUAUUGAAGGAUUUUUGGAAGAAAUGAACAAGGAUCACGUUCGACCGGAUAUCAAGACUUUUUCCCUUCUUCUGGAGACGAUAGUAUCAAACGAAAAAGAGGAAAAAGUGCUAAUGGAACAAAUGAAAGCAUGCGGAGUUACGCCAGAUAUAAGCUUUUUAAACAUUUUCAUUAAAAAGCGCCAAUUUAGGCAAGAUUACUACGGAGCUCAGGAAAUAUUAAGUUACUUUCAAGAUUACCAACUUUUUCCGGAUAUUAUGACGUUCGGGGUUCUCGCCUUGGGUUGUCGUACUCUUCCAGAAGCCGAUUCUCUGCUGAGCGAUAUGGAAAACGCAGGAUUCAGAAUGAACAUAGAAAUUUUUGGUUGCCUUUUGAAGAAUGCGAUUGUUCGCAGAAAUUGCUUUUACAUUGUAGAUCUCCUGAAGCGAGCCGUCAAGAUGAAUCUAGCUUUAGAUGAGAAAGCUGUGAAACUCUUGGAUAAGUUCAAAAGAGAAACUAGGGAAGCCAUAGCCAAGCAUGAUCGAGGUCUGAAAGUUCCAAAAGUAUACGGAGAACGAGGAUUUAGGGAAUCUUUUAAAAUUUUCUGUCUUGAAUACAAACCUCACAUGCAAAAGCUUGAAUUAGCUCUAGAACCGCAUCCCUGGCAACAGUACCGGUACGACUUGUCGAAAGAAGACCGAUCACCCGAUCCGCCUUGUCCACUCCCUAGUAAAAAAAACUGUACAAAAUAAAAAGUAAAUAAUUUCAUAAAUGAAA